AUGAAGUUUCCAUUGGUCGCUCUUGCGGCUCUCGUCGCCACAACCCACGCCUUUUCGUUGCAAGGACCAGUCGUCGGUCAUCAGAAGUUAUUGCAGAACCAACGAGAACGGGUUGUCCUGCACAUGGAUGAUUACGACGACUUUGACGAAGAAGAUUUUGUCGAUGAUGGUGAUAUCACGAAACCCUCAUGGGGUCAGUCUGCUUCUGCUUCACGAAUGGGAGAAGUGGAUGUGAUUGUGGUGGAACCCAUCGAGACGGUUCGUGAGGCAACGACCGUAGUUACUACCGAUCCUGUCAGCAGUGGUGAAGAUCCCUCCAAGAUGAGAGUCCGAGAAAUCAAGGACGAACUCGAUUCGUGGGGAGUCGACUACGACGAUUGCUUUGAAAAGACGGAUUUGGUCAAGAGACUCGAACAAGCCAGAGAGAAUCCUGGACAACAGAUUGGUCAACAAAUCAGGGUGGAAAUGAGUGCCGAAGGACGGGCGGAAAAGGAAAAAUUGCAGUCUUUUGGCUAUGUAGGCUUCACCGAAGAAGAGUUCUUUGCCAUGCAGUCCGCCCACGCUCGGCAAGAUCCGCAGAGAGGAAACGUCGUUGAGACAUCGGUGAAUGAGGCAGGUUCCAAUAGUGCUGGAAACAGUCAAAAGAAUGUGUUUCUCGAGGAAACACCCGAACCGAAGCAGCACAAGAAGAGGACUACCAUUGACAGCCGCCAAGGAAAUAGUGUCUGGAUGGAAGAUACUCCCCAACCCACCCAGAGAAAGAAGAAAUCGGCACGCACCAUUGACAGUCGCAAGGGAAACAGUGUCUGGCUCGAUGAUUCCAAGCCAUCUGCCUCCCAAUCGACGGCCGGCAGUGGCCGGGGAGUGCAGUUGGAGGAUGUCCCAGCACCCAAAAUUAAAAAUGGCAAACGUGGUCCCAGGACAGUGGAGCCGCCCCAAGCCGCCAGAGGGAUCCGUGUGGAGAACACUCCUUCGAAGUUUGAGGCACCCGCGUACACACCUCCACCGCCCAGCCGCAAGUCGACCAUUCUGCUCGAAGACCUUCCCGGUCCGGACGACCGUGGUGAGAGUGCGCAAGAGGCCCAGUGA